AUGCAAGGCCCUUCGCAUUCAGAGGAUCCCCACAAUGGCACCUCUCAGAUCGGCCAAACCAGUUCUAGCCUAAUCAACGCUUCAGAAACCCCUGCAAAUCCCGCUGGUCAAACAGAUUCAUCGAUCGCUCCUAGUACGCCCCCGCCAUCCGAGACCAAACAUGUGGGCAACAAGGAGGCCAGCUCCUGGACUGGUUCCUCGAUAACUGUACCCGUCAAGACUCGGCCACGACGUAGGAGCACCAAGGGAAAUGGCAAGGGCUCGCCGUCUGGUAAGGAUAAACCCCCGUCCGCUUUGGGCAGCGCCGAGGGCAAGCAGUCGACGAAACGGCGCAAGAUCUCCUUCUUUGAGCGCAUAACGUUCAUCUGCACUUCCUGUGUCACCUCGUCACCGCGCAUACACGAUGUUGACGUCGAGGAGGGAGCAUCCACGCAGAAGGAUAAGGACUCGGAGAAGCUUUCGGAGAAGCAGUCGACCAAAGAGACAGAGACGACGACUGCUGCAGAGCACCCCACGCGCGAGCCCUCUGCCUCAAGUACAGGUGAGCGAUCGUCGCUUGGUCUUGCCUCCCGGUCUGACCUCGCUGUAUUCAGCUGUCCCGGCUCUGUCCCUCACGAUCCCUGCCGUGCCCCCCGUACCCGCCUCCGUCACUCCCGACGUCGAGCUUGCUGUCGUUGUACCACCAACUCCCUCAGCGCAGCUCCUGCCGCUGUCUGA